AUGGCUACAUCUAUGCGUUCAUACGGGUUGAUAGACGCAGAUUCCCGGUGCUUGUUCAUGUUCAACGCACAGCCAGGUGAGCAUCUGCAUCUCGAUCAACUAAUCGGCGUCAACCUCUCUCCAAUUCAGGCACUAAAGAUCGAAGAGGGUGAUGAAGAUUUGUGGUGCUUGUUGAUUGACCAUGAACCUGCUUAUUCAACUUUCUGGAUGGAAGUGACAAUGAAUCGUGGAUCCAUUGCCACUGCUAGAUUCGUGGAUGGAUCACAAGAGUUCGAUGAUGAAGAGACUAUGGAGAUUGCAGAGAUUGUAGUUGAGUAUGACAAGUACUCGAGGUAUCUUAGAAAGAUAUCUGAACUUCCAGUCACGAUUAUAGGAAAGAAUAAAGCCGAUGGAUCAAAAGAAGGAGAAGGAGAGAUUUGUGUGGUUUGUCAAGAAGAAUAUGAAGCGGGUCUAACGAUAGGAACACUCAAAUGCGGACAUGUGUAUCAUGAAAAAUGCAUCAAGAAAUGGUUGGUGCAGAAAAACUUGUGUCCAAUCUGCAGGUCCACAGCUCUUUCAUGA